AUGGGAUCGGUGGCCAGGUCCCUGCGAGAGGUCCUAAAGGAUUUGAAAGAAUGGAGUAAAAGGCAGUUUGGCAACAUGUUGAAAGCUAUUGAGAGGCUCCGCUCGCAACUGACAGACCUGCAGCUGGCUGGAGCGGAUCAUGCUCAAGUCCGGGAGAAAAUGAACCAGCUCGACGAGCUUUUAUACAGGGAGGAGAUGCUAUGGCUCCAGCGUUCACGCAUCACCUGGCUAAAGGAAGAUGGAGUUAAUGACACGGCUAUUGUGCUCAUUCCCAAGGUUCCUCAUCUGAAGGACCUGAAAGAUUAUAGGCCAAUAAGCUUGUGCAACAGCGCCUUCAUCCCGGGGAGGCUGAUCUCUGAUAACUCUAUAAUUGCGUUCGAAUGCAUCCACCAUAUUCAGUCGGUAAGAAACAAUGCAACUGGCCUAUGUGCUUACAAGCUUGAUCUCUCUAAAGCCUACGAUGGGGUGGAUUGGUUAUUUUUGGAAAAGGCCUUAGCUAAAUGGGGCUUCUCGCCCAUCUGGAUUGCUCGUGUUAUGGCUUGUGUCUCGUCGGUGAAGUACUCGGCUGCAAGGGAAGAUGGUCUUAGUGGAGUCAAGAUAAGUAGAGGUGCUCCGGAGAAGGACCUCCGCGCACCGCCGCCUCACCUGCUCGCAUGGACAUUCGGCGUCCGAUUCUUCCCCGCGGACGCGGGCGGGCCGCCUCAGCGUGCCGCCGUGCCGCGGGAGGCCACGCUGUGGGCGCCCACCUGGAUGCGCACGCCGGCGAAGCCGUCGCGCGCUCAGCCUUGCAUCAACGCCGUCGCCGGAGCCUUCAGCGAGAACCUCCCCGUCAUCUGCAUCGUCGGGGGCCCCAACAGCAACGACUACGGCAGCAACCGGAUCCUCCACCACACCAUCGGCAUCCCCGAUUUCACGCAGGAGCUCCGCUGCUUCCAGAACGUCACCUGCUAUCAGGCUGUGGUGAACAACUUGGAGGAUGCACAUGAACAGAUUGACACUGCCAUUUCCACUGCACUGAAGGAGAGCAAGCCUGUUUACAUCAGCAUCAGCUGCAACCUCCCAUCGAUCCCGCAUCCUACCUUUAGCCGCCAUCCUGUCCCUUUCUUUCUCUCCCCAAAACUGUCAAACCAGAUGACCUUGGAAGCAGCAGUGGAGACAGCUGCGGCUUUUCUGAACAAAUCAGUCAAGCCGGUCCUUGUUGGCGGACCAAAGAUGAGGGUGGCCAAAGCAUGCGAGGCCUUCGUAGAGCUGGCUGAUGCAUGCGGUUAUCCGGUUGCAGCGAUGCCUUCUGCAAAGGGGCUUGUGCCAGAGCACCAUUCUAGAUUUAUCGGCACAUACUGGGGUGCUGUCAGCACUCCGUUCUGUGCUGAGAUUGUGGAGUCAGCUGAUGCCUAUUUGUUUGCCGGCCCGAUAUUUAACGACUACAGCUCGGUUGGGUACUCACUUCUUCUCAAGAAGGAGAAGGCCAUCAUUGUCCAGCCGGACCGAGUGGUGAUUGGGAACGGGCCUGCAUUUGGGUGUGUUCUGAUGAAGGACUUCCUGCAUGCACUUGGAACCCGGCUGAAGAAGAACACAGCUGCCUACGACAACUACAGUCGGAUUUUUGUGCCUCAGGGCGAACCCCUUUCCUCUGCGCCUGGAGAGCCCUUGAGAGUGAAUGUACUUUUCAAGCAUGUUCAGAAAAUGUUGUCUGGCAACUCAGCUGUUAUAGCAGAGACCGGGGACUCAUGGUUUAACUGCCAGAAGCUGAAACUACCAGAAGGCUGUGGGUAUGAAUUUCAGAUGCAAUAUGGAUCAAUUGGUUGGUCUGUGGGUGCAACUCUGGGAUAUGCCCAGGCUGCUAAGGAUAAGCGAGUCAUUUCCUUCAUUGGAGAUGGCAGCUUUCAGGUGACGGCACAAGAAGUGUCGACGAUGCUCCGGUGGGAACAGAACAACAUCAUCUUUCUCAUAAACAACGGGGGUUAUACCAUUGAGGUGGAGAUCCAUGACGGCCCUUACAACAUCAUCAAGAACUGGAACUACACCGGCGUGGUGGAAGCAUUCCAUAAUGGCGAGGGCAAGUGCUAUACGGCCAAGGUCCGAACAGAGGAGGAACUGAAGAAAGCAAUCGAGGCAUCCCUAGGACCCAACAAGGACAGCCUGUGCUUUAUAGAGGUAAUUGUGCACAAGGAUGACACUAGUAAAGAGCUUCUUGAGUGGGGUUCUAGGGUUUCCGCCGCGAAUAGCCGCCCACCAAAUCCCCAGUGACACAUCAGGUCUCCACAAGAUCCUCAUCCAGCUUAAUGAUGUCAUGUGGAAGUUCUGAAUAGAUGUUACUGUUCUCUGAAUAAAUCAUCCAUUUGAGUCCAUUGCUGUUGCAAGUGCUCAUGGUUACUGUACAUAGAUGGUCUUAGUUCAGGAACCUGUGCUUGUAUAUUACUUCAAUAAAUCUGAAAUCGAUGUCGUAGCCAGCUAAA